GGUGACCCCUGUAGCGAUAAUAAUUACAGACAUCUUACUGAAAGCGAUCGCACAGUGAGUUCUAGCACAAGUGAUAUUAAAUGUGACGCUGACGACCUUGAAGGUGGGCGGGAAUCUUGGUACAGAGUGUCAGGAGGUGCUGGAAAUGCGUUAGCAGCUGUAACAGCCCCUGCAAAGGGCUACUGUGGAACAAAAGUCCAAGUUUACCUCGCUCAAAGUCACCCUAUCCCAAGUGAAGGCAUUGUCCAAAGGAAAGUGUGCGGCCGUACAGCGCGUCAUACCUGCAACAAUCCCCAAUCCAUAGAUGUUGUUAACUGCGGUGCUUUUUACUUGUACAAGCUUGUUAAAUUAAGGGAGUGUAACAGUAAUGGAUGGCGUUAUUGUACCAACGGGGUACAAGGUAAGUAAGUAGGUAAUUAAUUCAAUUUAUUUCUAGGUCAAUUAAUUAAUCAAGUGAGNACUGCGGUGCUUUUUACUUGUACAAGCUUGUUAAAUUAAGGGAGUGUAACAGUAAUGGAUGGCGUUAUUGUACCAACGGGGUACAAGGUAAGUAAGUAGGUAAUUAAUUCAAUUUAUUUCUAGGUCAAUUAAUUAAUCAAGUGAGAAAGUAAGUAAGAAAAUUAAUGAGUGAGUGGGUGAUUAAGUGAGUAAGUUAGUAAGUGAGUGAGUGAGUGAGUAAGUUGGUAACAAUAACAGUAAUAAGGAGGUAUCAGUCUGUUUACAAUAAAGGUCUUCUAGUAUACAACCAGAUAAAAAUAACGUCUAAGUAUAAUGAUUCACGCAAAAUUUAAUAAUCAAACGUUUUCUAUUAAGUUACAUUUUCAGUAAUUCUUUUGUGUUUUUUAGCAUAAGAUUAAUAUAUUUGUCUACUAAAUGUUAUCAGCUUCUGGACUCUAAUUUUCGAAAGCUCUCUUUCUCAGAAAUAUCAAGCAGUCCGUAUAAACUCUGUUUUAUGUAAUAAAUUACCAGGAGCGCUUACCAUUUGUACGGAAAUUUCGGUGAAAAAUUUCCGUCAAAUGGUACUGUUUUUUUUUGGCACCGAAAACAGGAACGGGAUUGAGUUGUACCAUUUACAAAAGACCGGUAAAUUUUUCACUUUCUCUUGACAUGAAGCCUGGCACUGGUAAUCCAAACAAAUGGUGCAGAAAAUUUAAUUUCGGUCGUUUCGGUAAGACCGGGAAAAAGGUAAUACCUAGAAAGGUAUUACUUCUUUCCGGAAAAUUUCCACCCAGAUGGACUGUUCCAUUUAAAUUCUCCCCGGAAAUUCCGGGUUUUCCAUACAAAUGGUAAGCGCUCCCUGAGUAGUCAGUGGUAUAGCGCAUUGAGGCGUUCUGGCAGCAUUUAUUACUAUUCAGUAUUUAUGUAAAUGACCUACCAAAUGUCUGUCAACGUUACUCAACCGAGUGCUACGUGGAUGACACCAAGCUUCUCCUGUCUUUUACUAUUAAUUACUCUACUCUUGCUAGAGUGCUAGAGAAGGUGUUAAUUCCGAUUUACAACGAUAAUUGCUUGAUGCUUAAUCCCGAUAAGACGAAACUGAUGGCUUUUAAAAAGCGAUUUUCAAGGGCCUCUAUACUACAAAUAAGCCCGGAAAACCGAGCUGGCUCAGUUUCCUAGAUCUCGCCAGUUCCGAUAUAUAGGCAUCUUAUGUGAAGUAUUAGUCACAAUUGUGAUAUGUUAGCUUACAUUGCAUGUUUUUGACUGGUCAAUGAUAGCGGAGCUCUCUCGACGCACCAUGGGUAAGAAAAUUUGGCUAUCUACGCAUUCUAUCUACGCAUCUACCCAUCCGUUUUUCGCACAUACGUACGUGAAUUCACCCCUUCACGUAAGCUGGGGAGAAAUUUCGCAUUUAAAACACUGCGCUUUUUGGCGGUAAAUCGCAUGGUAACACGCACUUUUAGAGAGUCAGAGGAAAAACAACAACAAAGCCGAGUUUCUUUUUCGUUUUUCGAUUAAAUUUUAUUGUCUAGACUGACGUGGAUAACAGAGAAAGAGCUAGAGCGAGCGAUAAAAAACAAAGAAGACGGAUUUCUUUGGAAGAAAAACAUGAAACUUUUAUAGCGGCGGUGAGAAAAUGAGAAAUUCUAGCGGCCACCAAGGUGAAAAUAAGCGGUAGUAAAGAGAAAAAAAAGCGAACAGGAGCAUAUACAACAUUUUCUCCAUAAAACAUCUAACUAGUAAGUUUCACGUUGUAGUCGUGCUAAACAAUGGCAACGAAAUGUACAAAAAAGUGUGCUGCACGUACAAAUAAAUGCAUUAUUAUGUAUUGCUUUUUUGGCCUUUUUUUCGUUGCCGUCGCUUUUUUUAGCAUUAAACGAUUUCAUUAUCUUUUUGAGAAAACUAUAAGUAUAUACAAGAGCUUUGCUUUUAACGCUGGCUAAAUCUAUAUAUAUUUUACUGUUUCUUAUGGAGCCUAUUGCCAAACGGAAUCAAUCGUGGAAUAGCGUUUCAGUUUAGUGAAAAUCAAACAGCUACGGUUUGCUUAUUUGGAAGGUUUUAUCUUUACGUGUCUCAGCUUCGAAAAGAUGCCCUAAACGAAUGCGACUAUCUAUGUUUUUUUUGUUUUUGUUUUUGGAUUUGGCUUCGGUUUCUGAUUGAUUGAGAUUUGCCGAUUUCGGGAUGAUCCGGAUUCCCGCAUUUCCGGUUUAACUUUUCAUAUUUCCGUUUUUCCACAUUUCCGGUUUACGUGUCAACCUGCAGCCGGUUGAAUACAAGGUUAAUUCGAGGUCGUAGCUCUCAAAUCCCAAUCGUCGGACUCGAAGUGAAACCUGCUUAGAUGAUUUUCUGAUUCUCGAGCAAACUCUCACUUCUGGGCAGUUGUUUUACCGUGCUAUUUAGCUCGAAACGCGGCACAGUUCCACCUGUUUUGAGCUUCGGAUGUUUAGUAUGGAAUUCUCGGGGCUAACCUAAUUCCACAAAGCAAUUAAUGAUGAUGGUGGUCUGGCUUUCCCAGACUAUGUUAUGAAACGUACAAAGCGUUUAAAACUCUUUUCCGCAAUCAAAUUAAAAACUGGACCCAGAAAUAUUAUCGGUUUGAAAUAUAAGGAUUAAUUGAUCUUUGAAUGCAAGUGAAGUACUGCAUUUUUUGCAUGAAAAAUGUUUUUAUGUUGUCCUUUUUAAGUAAAUCCACCUUGGUCAAGAACUGCGAUCUGUCUUCAGUUUUGCCAGUCGAUCCCGUGACAUACAUUAUGACAAACAUAUAAUAACUAUUUUUUGUUAAAGUCUGCAUUUAUUGCCACGCAUGAAACCCGUAAUAGUCAGUCAAGCUCCCUUGACAUGUACUUGGCGAUUAUGCGAAUGUCAUGAUAUAGUGCUGGAGUGAACAUUAAAAUAAUGCCUAUGCCUUUCCAUGCCCAUGAGAUGUUAUUUCUAAGUACCAAUGGUCCCUUGAAUUUUGUCAUGCCUAAAUAUAUGAAAUUUCGCCUCUCAUUAAUCCUCAGACUGAACGCAAUUUUUACGCUCGCUAGACAUGUUCAAUUGAAAAUCAUGCCCAUACCCUCAUUCAAAAAAAAACCCUAUUAAAUGAUCGCAGGCUCACGUUUAAGUUUUCUUUAAAUUCAUAUGAAAUAUGUUGUGUUUAUGUGCCGCACAAUUAAAAUUUUGAUUUCAAACUGGCCUCGGACGCGAAAAUUCUGAAGGAAGGCAAGACAGCUACUUUUGACUUUGCUCACCAUGGUCACGCGUUGGUCACGCUCUACUUCCAGUUUUUAUGCUCUGAUUGGUCAAAAUUUGAAGGGCGAGUCAUGAGGAAAAUUUAUGCAGCAUCUUGAAUCUUGUUUACUUUGACAGCUGAAGCCAGUGACAAAGUUUUGUGUCAGCUUGUGCUUUUUUUAACUGUCUUUUUCCACUGGAUGUACAUAGAGAAUACUUCAUGGAAAGUGCUGGCGUACGGUAUUUACGCACGAGUUGUUGACGUAUCAGAAAUCAAACGAGUGAGCGCAGCGAACGAGUGAGAUUUCUGAUACAAAAACAACGAGUGCGUAAAUACCGUACAAAGCACUUUCCAUGUGGUAUUGUGUUUAUUAUAUACAUACUGAGACAUUCAUCAUUGUUAUCAAUGCACAAUUAAAAAUGAGUGAAUUUAAGUAAAAUGGCCGGUUUCAAUAUAAGCUUAAAGCUUAGAUGAAAGGCAAGGUAGCUACGACAAAAAGCACAACAAAAGCUUACGUCUCGUUCUGUUUUCCCUUUCGGCUGUUGUUUCACCGGCUCUCUACCGUUUUCUUUAUCGACAGUGAAUUAAACGAAACUAUUCCACUCCAUUUCCGAAAUGUUUUUCACUUUUUAAGCGAGAAAAACCCUUUGAGUAAAACUUUUCUCGUUGAAUGUGUGCGAAGCGGCGCUCCAAGCUGCAAUAAAAGGUGGGAAUUUUGGCGCGAAACUCACACACCUCUGUGGCUUCUGAUUGGACGUAUUAUUUUUCUCACACGUGAAAAAACAUCGUUCGCGAUUCUGAUUGGACGUAUCAUAUUUUUCACGUGUGAAAACCAUCGUUCACUCCUCUGAUUGGCUAGAACUAAUUUGCGUACGAAAGUUUACGACAUAGCUUUUUGGCGAGUAUUUCUCAGUAUGUAUAUAAUAAAAAAUGAAAUUCAGCUGCUAUCAAGAGUCCUCUGUUAUUAAUGGCUAGUUUGUUUAUUGGCUUUUUUGUUGAGAAAUACGUCACUUGUCCAAGUCGGAAAUCCGAUAUUUGAUGGCAUCGUUUUCGUUGUUCACCUUGCUUGAUGCGUACGAGGGUUUAAAAGUUUCAAGGGAUACUGGCCUUACUUGAUACCUUUCAAGAGCUGCUUGAGCAAUUAUUAUGUUUGAUGUUUGUUUUUUAUUUCUAAUUUAAUGAAGUCGAGUGUGGUUUAUGCGGCUCUACACGUUUGUAAGAUUUGAGACAAUGAUCUGACCGAGUAUCAGGUUUGAUAUAACCUUACAGAACUUUAAAAAGCCUUAGGACAGUUUCUCACUGCAACUAGAAAGGAAAUGUCUCAAAUAAUAUUUAAUUAUAAUUCUGGCUGUAAAAGAAAGCUUUGAACGAUUUUCUUGCCUUGAGUUCAUCUUUGAAAAAAGCAUACACCGAGAAGCCGGCUUAAAACAUAAAAUUUAGCUUUAACCUUGAAGACUCAGGAUUUUUAGAGACAAUUUAAUACUUGUCUUCGUGAAUGAAAAUUGUUGUCCCUGUAUAUAUUUCACCGAAUUAUAUUUGCUUUAUUGAUUGUUAGUAGUCGCUCUUGUAAUUUUGAUUGCUGUGCCGUUUGUUUUCAUUCGUUCAGUGAACAUCGCUUCCAGGAGUACUUAAAAUGCCGCGCGUAUCGAACGAAUAUUACACAUCGAAAACACCAUUAAAUAAAAAAUAAACAAAAAAUUCUUUAUUCUGUUAGAGCGUAACUCUAUUAAUGUUCAUUCAAACACUCGACCACAGCUUUCACUUCAAAAGUGGGAACCGGCUGGUCGUAUAGGUGAUUUUGGAAAUGUUUUUAACGGUUUGGCUAAAAGCCCACGCUUGCUUUGAUCGUCCUAAAUAUUGAAUAAGUGCAAUUUGUAUUGCAAAAUUGUGAAAUAUUCACAAUAUUCUGUCCACGGUCUGUAUGAUAAAAACAGUGCCUCGUAGAACUGUUUCACCUCAGAUGUGACGUAUAAAUGGUAUAAAAAGUUCGUUUAUAAGCACCCAGGUUUGUUGGCAUGAUUUUGCAAUGUAAACUUCUCGAACGCAAAAAAUUCGGAGUGAUUUUUUUUCCAGGCCUUAUUAAUCUAAGGUGAUCAAGAACCAUUAUGGCUCUUAAAUGUGAUCGAAGAUGAUUGCUGUUUUUUGGGUGUACAUAUGAGGCUAUCAACUCGAUGUAAGAUUUCGUUCAGUCUUGGGCUGUUUGUAAAUUAUUUUUCUCUAAAAUCUCUUAGCGUUUCCCUCAAACGUCACAUGAAUUUGGUCUAAAGCUAACUGAAUUGUGGAAUACAAGUUUAUUUUUUUAUUUAAAUUAUAAAUUUAUUAAUGGGAGCUUCGCUUUUAGCCCUGGCUACAUUUAUAUGUUAAUGAAUUAGUCGGGGGAUUUAAACCUAUUAGAAAAGGAGAAAUACUUUGAAUGAAUAAUGACACUAAAAAACUGUGGAUGCUAUAUGGAUGUUAUAAUAAUAGAAUAGUUAUAAACUUCAGGUUUUUUUCCUUUAGGUGACAAAUGUGCUGGUGCUAAUUGUCCCGAUGGUCAAACCUGUUAUCUGGCAGACAACGGCAACCGUUAUGAAUGUACAGAUGGUAGGGAAUAA